AUGAAGUAUUUGGUAACCAUAUCUGGUUUUGAAACAAGAAACGAUGUAAUUUUUUACAAAAUCACUGUGAAUGGAUUGCACAACUCUAAAGUGAUUUACAAAAGAUACUCUGAUUUGAGAGCUUUAAAUGAGCAACUUAUAUAAAAGAAUCACGAAUUCAAACUUAAAUUGAAUCUACCGAAAUUCCCCAAAAAAAAAUUAUUCGGAAGAACUAAGCAUUCUGAGACUGAUAUUGUAACAAGAGGAUUGGAGUUGUAGUAAUACUUGGAAAUCAUCUUGAAUACAUCCAUGCUAUGGACAUUCUCGUUUAUCAGAGACCUUUAACCACUUAAUGAAGCAUUUGAAGAGUCAAUUAAUCAAUUAUGCACAAACCAUCAAUAUACUAAAGAUGUUUGUUGGCCAUAGAUGUAAGAAUUAAAACAACAAUAUUUAUAACGUCAUGAUGUAAGUUCUUCUCCAUCAAAAAGUUAAUCCAAAAAAACAAACGGAUAUAAAUAAAGAUACUAUUUUAAAUUUGAAGAAUACGUGAAAUAGCAAGACUACGUGCUAUAUUCUGUUACCUUAACUGACUAAAAAAAGAAUAUUAAAUAUCAAUUUAAUACUCGAUAUAGCAAGCUUAAGGAUUAUCAUUCUUUAUUGGAAAAUAAGUAAUUCAAAAAUUAACUUCCUCCUUUUCCUAAAAGGAAACUUAUUGGAUAAACUUUUGAUAACCCAGAUGAGAUACAUGAGAGAUAAAACUAAUUAGAAACAUAUCUAAAUGAAAUUUUUAGCAUCAAAGAAUUAGUGAGUAGCGAACCUUUAGUUUAUUUCAUCAUCCGCAUAAAGCUUGAAAGUAAGGCUAUUUAAGAAUUCGAUUAACAUCAUAGGUGUAGCAGGUAUUCACAACAAGUUAAUUGCUCUUCUUUGGAAAAAGAGCCAUUUGAAAUACCAAAAAAUAUUCAAUCCUGUUGA